ACCCUACUAAAGUGACUUCGCCGGUUGUUGAGCAACCACCUUGCAGUUGAUCAUAGAUAAUCAGUUGAUUCUCUUAACACCCAAGAAUCGCCAAUAUUUCAUCUGUUAUCAACGAGCACCAACUGCGUGAUAUAACCCUUUCAAAAACGUGUACGAACUGUGAUAAAUAAAUAUUCCCACUUUCUUAAUCGCCGCUUGUUGCAUCGACCUGUUGACAAAAUGAGUGAAGAACGCAAAGCACUGGCUAUUAAACUAUACGAAAUAAAUGCCUUCAAAUUUGGCGAUUUUAAGAUGAAGGUGGGCAUUAAUUCCCCAGUAUAUUUUGAUUUACGCGUAAUUGUUAGCUAUCCAGAAGUGAUGAAAACCGUUUCCGAUUUGAUUGCUGCCUACAUCAAAGAGCAUCAAUUGACGGCGAAACAUGUGUGCGGUGUACCAUAUACGGCACUACCACUGGCCACACUAGUGUCAGUGCAGCAGGGAACACCAAUGUUGGUUCGACGCAAAGAAGCAAAAGAUUAUGGUACCAAAAAACUCAUUGAGGGUCUCUACAGUGCCGGAGACACGUGUCUUAUCGUGGAAGAUGUCGUAACAUCUGGCUCAAGCGUAUUAGAUACAGUUCGUGAUUUGCAAAGGGAAGGCAUUGUUGUUACUGAUGCAGUUGUUGUUGUGGAUCGUGAACAAGGUGGUGCCGCUUCAAUAGCUCAGCAUAAUGUGCGAAUGCACUCAUUAUUUACACUAUCUUUCCUGCUAAACACAUUGCUUGAAGCUGGUAAAAUUCAACGCAACACUGUGGAUGCGGUUGCUCGAUAUAUUGCAGCAUCACAAAUAAAAGGCGAUGGUUCGUUUGUGAAUCCACAACAAAAGAUUGCUGUCAAUGAUUUUUCACGCAUUAAACUUCCAUUUGAGCAUCGUGCCACUUUAGCGAAAUCUGAACUAGCCAAGCAGCUUUUCCAUUUGAUGGCCAGCAAGAAGACGAAUCUUUGCCUAGCCGCUGAUCUCACUCAAUCCGAGGAGAUUCUUAAUAUUGCCGACCUCUGUGGACCCUAUAUAUGCGUGCUAAAGACACACAUCGAUAUUGUCGAGGAUUUCAGUGAGGCAUUCAUCAAAAAUUUGCGCAUUUUGGCAGACAAACACAAUUUCCUACUCAUGGAGGAUCGCAAAUUUGCUGACAUUGGCAAUACAGUGUCCCUGCAAUAUGGCAAAGGCAUUUAUAAGGUAGCCGAUUGGGCAGAUUUGGUUACCGCACAUGCAGUCACCGGUCGCAGCAUUUUACAAGGACUGAAGGCUGGUGUUUCUGGCACCGCAUCGCAAAUGAGCAAACGUGGCGUAUUCUUGCUUGCCGAAUUAUCUAAUUCGGGCAGUUUAAUUGAUGCUAAAUAUUCGGAAGCAGCUAGUAAAAUUGCAACCGAGGGCGCAGAUAUUGAUUUUGUGGCUGGCGUAGUGUGUCAAUCGCCAAAAUGCUUCGAUUUUCCUGGCUUGAUACAACUCACCCCUGGUGUGAAGAUCGACGACACCACCGAUCAGCUGGGCCAACAGUAUCAAACACCGGAGCAUGUGGUGAAAGAACGUGGUGCCGAUAUCGGUGUGGUGGGCCGUGGAAUUUUCCAAGCAAAAUCUGUCGAAAAGGCUGCGGCCCUGUAUCGCGAUCGCCUCUGGGCGGCAUAUACUGAACGCAUAGCGAAAACAGGAGAGUGACAGGGAAUACAAAUUAUAGUACACUUAAUUGCUUUCAUUUAUAUUACAAAUAAUUAUAACUUCAACAUUCCUUCGGAAAAUA